AAAGAGCCAAACGGGACAGGCGAAAAAAAAAAAAAAAAAGGAAGCACGUCGUGGUACAGUCGUCUCGAUGUCCUGACUGAAUCAAUCUUGAACAUGUUGGUGACGGACAUGAGACUCCUGUCUAUGGUUGAUGAUCAAGGCUUCAAAGAGAUGAUCAAGCAGUUCAACCCAGAUUACCACGAUAACUACCUACCAGGCCGAUCCCACUUCACCAAAUUGAUGGAAAAGAAAUAUGAUGCUACCUUUAAGAAGGUAAAGCAGACCCUUGGUGGUGUCAAAGGUUUUUUCACCCUGACUGCUGAUAUCUGGACCAGCCAUGCAGAGGCCUACCUUGGUGUGUCUUGCCAUUUCCUGAGUGAAGAUUGGAAGAUGAAGAGCUUCAUCCUUUACACCAUGCCUCUUGAGAAGAGGCAUACUGGUGCCAAUAUAGUGACAUGGAUGGAAGAGAUUCACCGAUGGAGGAGUUUGUGGACGAUGAGAACCAGCAGCAAAUGCUGACACUGGCAAAGAACAACCCAGACAGACUUCAUGAGGAGGUUGGGGUAGAUUUUUAUGAAGAACAGCUUGAUCUUCCCAGCCAACAUGGAGGCAAAGUCUGCCUCUUUGACCAGUGUGGGAAAAGAUUCAGGAGUUUAUCACAUUUGAAGCGUCACCAGCGUAUCCACACUACGGAAAAACCCUACUCCUGCAAUGAGUGUGACAAGCGCUUCAGUCAAUCAUCAGACCUGAAAAUUCAUCAGCGUAUCCACACUGGGGAACAGCCCUAUGCCUGCAAUGAGUGUGGAAAAAGCUUCAGUCAGUCAUCAAGUCUGACGGUCAAUCAGCGUAUCCACACGGUAGAAAAGCCCUAUGCCUGCAAUGAAUGUGGAAAGAGCUUCAGUCAUCUAUAUACUGUAGUCUGAAGGUACAUCAGCAUAACCACACUGAAGACAAGCCCCACUCCU